CUGAAGGGAGCGAUUUCACAGCUGAUAAUCUUUUAGCAACUCACACAUAAAAAGCUUCAAUUUAUAUUUUGGUGUGGAAAGUGCUCUUUCUCCAUUCUCAUUAUGCCUACAUGAAAAGGGGCUGAUUUACAUCAAAAGUUGUUGAUAUGGAGUAUGGGAUAUUUCAGCCUCAUGGAAAGUCUAGUGCAAUGAGCUCUGGGUAUUUUAGCACAACAGAAAUCCUCACGACCUUUGCAGAAUUUUGUCACCUUGCUAGUACAGCCUGUCCAACACUGUAAGAUAUGUGUAAAUGGGGUGUGUUUGACAGAAGCAGGGCAAAACUUAAUAACAGGGCUUAAUGCAAACAAAGCCAAUGAUCCCAGAGAAGAGACUCAGUGAAGGUCUAUAUAGUCAGGACUAAAUCACAGAUGACAAAAGAGAGAUUAGUUCACUGUGACUCCUGUUCUAUAAUCUGUUCCUCAGAAAAUUUUAGAAUUUCACCACAGCUGCUACUAAUACAAUAAUAGUCUCCUAAAGCAUUUUUUCUUCCUGUCAGGACUCUGCAAUUUAUAAUGAAAAUAUUCUCAUUAUCAUGGGUAACUACAAAAAUAAAGGCCAUAAGCACUGUUUAUGUUUCACUGACAUUGUUUCAUGACAGCAUAACUCAGACUUCCACUGCAUUUCUUUACUACUGCCACAUGUUUUCUUUGCAGAUCAAGGACCUUGAAGUCCUCAACUGUGAAUAUGGCAAGAAUACAAUUAAGUUCCUUCGCCUUCAUAAAGAAGGAAAGAAGCAGUUUGUUAAAGAAGUGGAAGUGUGUGCGCAUCUCCGGCUGACUUCUCCUCAGGAGUACCUGGAAGGAAACAAUUCUCUUGUGAUACCUACAGACACCAUAAAGAAUAUUGUCCUUGUGCUGGCCAAAAAAAAUGGGAUCUCAAGUUUAGAACAAUUUGCUAUAGAUAUCUGCAAUCACUUCAUGACAACAUUUUGCCAAGUGGCGUACGUCAAAGCCUACGUUCAAGAAGUACCAUGGCAACGUCUGCAUGAGGAUGGCGUUCCCCACAUCCACUCAUUCAUUUGUGUUCCUGAUGGGAUCCGCUUUUGUGAAGCUGAGCAGUGCCGGAAUGGUCCUCUGAUUGUCUUUGCUGGAAUUAAGGACCUGAAACUUAUGAAGACAACACAGUCUGGAUUUAAAGGCUUCUAUAAGAAUGAACACACCACACUUCCUGAAAGACAUGACAGGAUUCUGUGUGGAGAGUUCUUCUGCAAAUGGUCAUACGGCGAAUGCAAGGAUUUUGACUUUAACUGCAUAUGGAAAAAAAUCCGUGAAUGUAUCCUUGAAGCCUUUGCUGGACCACCUGACUGUGGGGAAUAUUCACCCUCUUACCAGAAAACUGUCAACUGUAUCCAGAUGCUUGUCCUUUCCAGAGUGCCACAGGUACAGGUCAUAGAAGUCGUCUUGAACAACACCUUUUAUAAUGUUGUAGACAUGAAGAAUCUAGGCUUGACCAAUGACAAAGAAGUUUUGGUUCCAGUGGAAACUCCUUAUGGCUCCUGUACUUGCACACUUGGCCGGAAGACAUUUUUUGAAGCACAAAGCCAAAUGCUGAGAGAUGAGAGGAGAUGUCAGUUUGGACUGGCAGCUGGCCAGGGAAACUAAACCUCUUGGCUCUACUCAACCUUCCU